ACCGGCCCUCAGCAACAAUACCCAACAGCACCCCGGAAUGGCUGAUAGCAACCACCACCACCACCACCGUCCCAACCGCCUCUCCGUCCCUCCACGCGGCACCACUCUUACGAACCCCACCACAAAAACGGCCACCCCAAGAUCUUACCCUUUGUAUUCCUAUCCUUCCCUCGCAACCCCAACUCCAACGCCCUCAAAACACCGCCUCUCCCUCCAAUCUUCCAAAGCCUCCUAUUCCUCGCAGAAAAGAUCCUCCUUUUCUUUCCUCCUCCUCCUCCUCCUUUCCCUCCGCUCUCUUUACUCUCUCCUCCCUUUCCUCCGCUCGUCCCCUCCUUCUUUCUCUGUUUUCCCUUUCUCUUUCCUCCUUUCCUUCCUCUCUUUCCUCCUUUCUCUCUCCUUUUCCCUCUUCUCCAAAAAACACCCCAGAAACCACCCAAUUCUUUCCCUUUCCUCUCUCUCCAACUCUCAGCUCAAACUUUUACUCUCAAAGUCCUUCCUUUUAUCAAUUAUCUUCCUUCUCAGGUUCCAGGCUCUUAGAUACUGUGGUACAGCUGCUAUGAUCUUGGCUGAAUUAUCCGGAAACCUUGUUGGCAGGCUAUUUUCUGACGCAAAAACUCCGAGAAAAAGGUCGUUUUUUUCGUCUCAAUUCAUUGGGUUUUGCUUUUUAUUUAUUGGGUUAAUGUUAUUAUCUUUAAGUUGGGACAGAGUAGAUUGUUUCCCUUGGAAUAAGACUGGGUUUUCUAUGUAUCCUAGAGAAGGUUGUGUUAGAAUUUGGCCAAUGUUGUUGCCAUUUUUAUCAGGGUUUUUAGGCUGUUAUGAGAAGGUUUCGAUGAACUGGGGAAGCAUUAGGCAGCUUGGUCGGAAAAGGGUUCGGUUGAUUUCAUUGUUUUUCGCUACUGUUAUGCUUUUUGUUCCUGCUGUUGUUAGUUUCUUUGUUUAUGAAAGUGAAGGAGGAGGAGGAGGAGGAGGAGGAAAUGUUUCCAUUGAGAAUUUAGGUUGGCCUUUGGUGAAUACUGUUGUUUUCGGAGUGCUUUUGAGUGAGAAUUAUAGUGAUGAAGAUGAUAAGUUAGUGAGUUCUAAAGAUUUUCAAAGGGAAUUUGUGGUUACAUUUGUCUGUACUGUUAUUUUGGAGUUGUUUUAUUUUGAUGAGGUUUCCCUUUUGGGGCUGUUGUUGUGCGGUUUAUUGUUGUAUUUUGGUGUUCAAGAACUGAGUUCUGUUUACUCUAGUUAUGUUGAAUUGGGGAUAGAAUCUUCAGAGUCUUUUAGUAUGACGAUAAUGAAACCUGUUCGGCAUAUUUUGAGUGAGCGAAAGUCUCGAAAGAUCGCAAUGUUCCUGUUGAUUAAUACUGGAUAUAUGGUCGUAGAAUUUGUUGCUGGCUUCAUGAGUAACAGUCUUGGGUUGAUAUCAGAUGCAUGUCACAUGUUGUUUGAUUGUGCUGCAUUGGCUAUUGGGCUAUAUGCUUCAUAUAUUUCACGGUUGCCAGCUAAUAAUCAGUUCAAUUAUGGUAGAGGCAGAUUUGAGAUUCUAUCAGGGUAUGCUAAUGCUGUUUUCCUGGUUCUAGUUGGGGCAUUAAUUGUGUUGGAAUCCCUUGAGAGGAUUUUGGACCCUCAAGAGAUAUCAACUAACAGUCUGUUAACUGUCUCCAUUGGAGGGCUUGUUGUCAAUGUGGUGGGUUUGAUAUUCUUUCAUGAGGAGCAUCAUCAUGCACAUGGAGGAUCAUGUUCGCAUUCACAUUCUCAUUCCCAUUCCCAUUCCCACUCUCAUGAUCACCAUCAGCAUUCACAGGUUCAUGAAAGUCACGUUCAGCACCAUGAGUAUAUAAAUGUUUCUGAUGGACGCCACGAAUCAUGCUCUGGCCAUGAACACCUUCAUGGUAACCAACAUGGUAGCAAUAAUUGUCAUGCUGAAGAUCACAAAAUAAACACUGAGUGCCAUGACCUCCAUGACCAUGCUCAUAAUCACACCCUUCAUGGUUGUGCUCAUCAUCAUCAUGGUCACCAUGAUCAUGGACAUCAACAUGAUCAUGCUCAUAGACAUGACCACCAUGAUUGUGCCCAUCAUCAUGAUCUCCAUGACGACAGACACCAACAUGGUCACAAGGAUCAUCAUCAUGAUCAAGGAUCAGGCUUGCACUCCCAUGCUCACUAUUCAGAACCUACAGGUUAUUUAUCGUUGGCAUAUGGAUCCAAACAGAGGCAGCAGCUUCUAUCUGAUGGGAAGGGACCACAGAAGCACCAGCAUCACCACAUUGACCACAAUAUGGAAGGAAUCUUCUUGCAUGUUCUGGCAGACACCAUGGGAAGUGUUGGAGUUGUUGUAUCUACCCUCUUAAUUAAGUACAAAGGAUGGCUUGUUGCUGAUCCUGCCUGCUCAAUAUUCAUUUCGGUUCUAAUUAUAUCAUCUGUUAUCCCAUUACUUAGGAACUCUGCUGAAAUUUUGCUUCAAAGAGUUCCUAGGUCUCAGGAGCAGGGUUUGAAGAAGGCCAUAAGUGAUGUUAUGAAGAUGAAGGGGGUAUAUUGUAUUCAGAACUUUCAUGCAUGGAGCUUCACAAACACAGAUGUUGUUGGAACAAUCCAACUUCAUAUAUCAGCAGAAACUGACAAGGCUGCUACUAAAGGACAGGUGUCACACAUCUUACAUGAUGCUGGAAUCAAGGAUUUGACAUUGCAAGUGGAACGCGUUGAGCAAUAGUAACUUGUCUAAGGUUGCACCAUUGAGAGUGGAGAUUAGCCUAUUCAUCUUCGGGACUGAAUCUUGUUAAGAUCAAGGGCAGAUAGCUCCAAUUGAUAUGAUGUUGAGGAGUACGGAAUUAUGGAUUUCUCGAUGCUUUCUUGGCGUACGUAUAUAUUGGUAAGAAUUGAGUUCAACAUUGAUGGAUUUCGGCAAGCAACAAAAAACGAAAAGUGAAUGUUUUGGUGCCAUAAUUAAAA